AUGACAGGCAUCGACACGGACGUGCGAGAAGUCCAGAAGAUGUUCAACGUCAACGUCUUCGGCCCCAUGCGAAUGGUGCACCAUUUCCAUCCCAUGUUGAUCAAAGCGCGAGGUACCAUUGUCAACAUCGGCUCCGUCGGAGGCAUCGUACCGUACAUGUAUGGAUGUAAGUCAUUCAUGCUCGGCCGCACGGAAGCGAAGCAAGACGUCAAAGUCACCACCAUCAUCUCCGGCAACAUCGGGACCAACAUCCUCAAAAGCGACACCGCCAGGACCCUCCCCGAAGGAUCCUUCUACGCCCCACUCGCGCGCGAGUUCCAAGAGCACGUGCAGCGGGUCCCAGACACGACCCCCCGCGCCGUCUACGCCGGCCACGUCGUGCCCCAGACCCUGAAGGCGAACCCGCCGGCGUGGUACUGGGUCGGCGCCACGACGGGCAUCGUUCGCUUCAUGGACAUUUUCGGCUUCCGGACCGUUUGGGAUUACAUCCUCUGGCCCGUGUUCAACCUUGGGAAGUUGAGGCAGGAGACGGAGGUGUGGAGGCGGGGGAAUGAGUAG